AUGUCCAGACAGCUCCCCGUCGGAUGGGAAGAGAGGCGCAAUAACCUCAGCGAACGCGAUAUGAUGCUGGGCGCCGCCGCGGCCGGUACGUUUUCGUCCAAGGGAAUCAUCGCCAACGCCUACGAAGACGGCACCGAGCACCACAAGACCAGCGAGGAGGUGGAGGCCUUCUGGAUGAAGCAGAUCGAGAAGGAACGAGCCGAGGCGGCGGCGGCUGGAGAGAAACGGACGCCGGGAUCGCUGCCGUGGGGGUUCGAGCACAGGGCGAAGGUGAGGGACGCGGAGGCGAAGGCGUACGCCGCCGCCGCCGCGACCACGACCACCGCGCGGGCCCAGAAAUCGGACGGGCCCCCGGCGCCAAUCGCAUUCGCAUCGGCGGACAGACACUCACAGCCGACGACGAUGACGACGACGGGCUCGGACGCCGCGCCCGACGACGCGACGACGACGACGACGACGGGUUCGAGCACGGCGGAGGUGGCGCUCGUGAGGGUGACGACGCACGCGAUGGAGCAGCUCGCGGCGGCGCUGACGGCCAAGCCCACGCGACUCGACGCGGAUGACAGGGCAAAGUUCGCGGCGGCGAUGAAGCGGUGCAUGGACGCGGUGAUGCACUGCAGGUAG